ACUAGGCGGGAAGUGGUGUUUGUUUACGGAAGAAAAGCACGUUCUUUGCACCAGAGUCACAAGACUGAUGACUGCAAUAAUUAAGGGAAGACUAAUUUGAGGACUAUUUAUUCUUAAAAAUUAAAAUAAAAUGAACCGGAAACGGACAAGAGGAGAUUGCAUGGCGCCGCCAUAUUUAAGCAUGAUCGGGAGAGAAAAGACCGCUCCUCCUGCUCGAUCUCAGUUCCACCUGGACCUCUGGUUCUCUUUCACUGUACAGAACUGGAUCCUGGACUUCGGGAGACCGAUAGUGAUGAUUAUCUUACCUCUGGAAUGGUUUCCUCUAAACAAACCCAGCGCUGGAGAUUACUUUCACAUGGCCUACAACGUCAUUACACCAUUUCUGCUGCUAAAGCUGAUUGAGAGAAGUUCUACCACGCUGCCACGCACUGCUGUAUACCUGAGCAUCAUCACAUUCGUCAUGGGUGCCAGCAUCCACCUGGUGGGGGAUUCCAUCAACCACCGCCUGAUCCUCAGUGGCUACCAGCUCCAUCUGUCUGUCCGGGACAAUCCCAUCAUUAAGGACCUCAACCCUCCAUCACUGAUUGAUUCCUUUGAGCUCCUUUAUUACUAUGAUGAGCAUUUAGGACAUUCCAUGUGGUACGUCCCAUUCUUCCUCAUCCUCUUUCUCUACUUCACCGGCUGCUUCACACAGUCCAAAGAAGAGAAGAUGCCGCACUCAGGUUGGCUGCUCCUGGGUCCUAGUGCUCUCUAUUACUGGUACCUGGUAACCGAAGGGCAGAUAUUUGUUCUGUACGUCUUCACCUUCUUCGCCAUGGCUGCCACAGUCAUGCGUCAGAAACGAAAAGGCUAUGUGCUGGAUAGUAACGGUCGUUUCCUGCUUUACAACUUCAUCAUCACACUGGUCCUGGUGAUCGUUUGGGUCGUCUAUCUGUGGAAUGACACCAUCCUGCGCAAAAAGUACCCCGGUAUCAUCUACGUCCCAGAACCGUGGUCUUAUUACACGUUACAUAUCAAGGGCAGUUAGUAUGAGGUAACAGGAACAAAGUUAAAAGUCGCAUUGCUGAAGUGAAAAUAUAGUUUUGAAGGUCAUAGAAGUGGUCAAUUAAGAAAAAGUGUUCUCUAAUGAAAGACACACCAAACUGAAAUACACAUUGCAAUUUGAACAUUUUUGAUCAUCUACAAAGUUUUGCUCUCUUUCCUCAUCAAUCUGUUUGAAAUCAGCCAAUCACAUGCUUCUGAGAGAUAACGUAUAUAAAACUGAGCUGUCAUAACUUACAGGAUUGGCAUUAUAUCAGGAGGAAUAAACAAAUUUGGGAGAACAUAUCAGAAAAAAGAGGUGCUCACUGAGGUUGUUAUUUUACUUUUUUCUUUUUUUAUUACAGUAUUCUUUUUUUUUUUUUUACAUCA